AUGCAAACGAAACUGCAGCCAUCAGCACCUGCCCAUGAGCAACUCACGCAGGGAGAGGUACCGCUGUCUUCACAGGCCGUGUCGAACCCACUGCUCGUUGCAUUGCCUAGGGAUCCCUACCUGUCACAUGAUCACUGUUUCCCAAUCCAUGAGGGCUUACCCCCAGCCAUUGCCGACAGUCCCAUGCAGGAUGAGGUGCUACCGUCAGAUGACUCUGUGUCGAACCCCCUGUUAGGUGAAAGUCAGCUGUCCUCCAACGGUGCUCAUGUGUCCAAACGUUUCGAACCGUCGCCGUCUUCAGGAGUUUCCAGACAGCUCAAAAUCUCGACCUUCUUCAAGCCCAAGCAGCAGUGCAAAAGGUCCAAGUCGACCAUUGAUGCACCACAUCGCCAACUCACGAUUGAUCAAUUUUUUCAACAGGUACGUAGGACUCUGCCCGAAGUGCCUCUGCCUGAGCAACCUCGUGACAUACAGCCUCAGUCAUCACCUGUCCUUAGUCAUGUUGCAGAACCAUGCCAAGAUAGGUGCAACGAAAGCCAAACUGUGGAAGCACCCUCCUUCAUGUUCAAUGCCCCCACGGGCCAUCAGCCACCACUGCCACCGCAGCGGGACCGCCACUUAUGGAGGCUUGACUUACAAACACGCUUUGAAGAGUUGUCCCACACAGAAAAUGCGGCAAUAGGACCAGUCCUUUAUGUGCAAGUGUGGUACAUCCAUCAUGCUCGACAUGCUACAUGUCCAAUACCAAAGCUUGUCCGCCUGGAAGACACCCCGGAGACCUGGUUUGCAGACCUUGUCAAUGCAUGGCGAGAGCAAGUGCAAAUGGAUGAGCCACUCACCAUUGAGGUCGUCACUCCUUCACCGCCAUACUCCUUCCAGGAACAUGCUGAAAUUCAUAUCAUGUUAGAGCAACAAGGAGGGCCAGACGUUGUAGCACUUGUUUUCACCGCUGCCUUCCAUGGAGGCCACAGGCUUGGCCUGUUCCAGGUAGCUGAAUCCAUGCCCAAUCGUAUUUGUGCCCGCACUCUCAUUCAGAAGCACAACUUCCAAAUGUUCUGUGAUUUCCGGCCGUGCAACCUCUUCUCUGGCAGGCUGCGGUUUGAACACGACUUCCCAGAAGAAGUUCCCUCCGGCAUCAGUGUUUUGCUUGACGUUGGCAGUGUCACAGAUGCCGCCAGCUCCACUGAUGCGGCAGUAGGAGCCCCUGAUGCAAUGAGUCUGAUGCAGAGUGGUCCAUCCCAAGCCACACCAACAAGGGCUAGCCCUCGCCAGAGUCCAGUCUCAUAUGCCAAUGCGGCUACAACCCCGAGAGGUCAUAGUCGUGCCCAACCGCUCACAUCUGGAACUGCAACAGCGACAACAGAUCUGCCCGCACCAAUUCUCAAUGGUUUCCGGCUCCAAAUCACAAACCAACGAGAAUUCCAUGAUACCUUGCACUGGCACCUGCACCAGCACCAACGAGGUAGAGACAGCGUGGCAGCGCCAUCAUUCAGCUUGGCAACAUGGUUCUCUGACAUCGACCGGCUGCCCAGGUCAGACCAUUACAGGCAAGUCAAUGUACCUAUCUCUCCAGAUCAUUGGGUUUCAGCCAUCGUGCAAAGAUGGCAUGACUUCCUUGAUCCCACACAUCCGAUUGAACUGCAUCUAGUCCAGCCAAAUCCCCUGGACUCAAAUCCUGACAUCCUUGGCCAUGUAGUAUUAAUACAGCGCCAGGUAGAACACCUUCGGACAGCUCUGAUCACACUCUCCGACUGGAAUGAUGACCCAUGGCAGCCUUCACACACAUGUGCAAUGUUGUCCACAACUACGUCCUAUGAGGAAAUCAUCAAAGUCGCCCUUGUGGUCUCGUCCUGUCCCCCGGUUCAGCCGCAGGCCCAUUGCCACGUCAGCCACGGCCACAUUGAACUUGCCCCAGGUAUGACCUUCCCAGUCCGUAAUGGAUACGGAUUUGAAGUUGCUGCCGCCAUCGACGAUGAAUGCGAGGCGUUUGAUGCUGCUGAUUCCCUUGCACUGAUCCAAUUGUCCUUUCAGACGAUCCGGACAUCCAUCAGCAGCCUUGCUUCCAAAGUUGCACUGUCAUCUGACAGUAGUGCCACGUCCAUGCCCCCAGCAUAUGAAGAUGAAGCCAGUGCACCACCCAUCCUGGCUCCACCCGUAUCUGCGCACUCAGGCUCAUGGUCUCAGCUUGUCCAGGAGCUGCAGCCACGUUGGGCCGUACAUGCCAGUCCUAUUGCGACCAAUGCGGAACUUGCUGCCACGGUAGUAGUAUGGUAUGUCGAUCAUGUCCGCUGGCCUCAGUGUUUUGCUCCACGGCCAGUUUUUCUUUUCCAAGACCCGGCAGAAUGGGCCACCCUACUACGGCAUGCUUGGAGGGAUGCAGUGCUGCCAGAUCAUGAAUUGCUCAUGCAUGUGGUACAGCCAGGCCCGGAGGAGCCUGACCCAAACGUCAUGGCCCAUAUCCUCCUCACACAACAGGCAAUCCCACGUUUCUUCUCGAUCCUUGUCUCAGCCUAUGACAGUGCUGUUCCAGGACUUGCCAGAAUGCAUGCCACCAUGGCUCCAGACCCGCUGCCACGAGACACCCUUUUUGCCCUCACAUACUUGGACCGAGAUUGCAAUCAUGUCCGCAACACCUGUACCGCUUGGCAGGGUGCACAAGAACUUCAUGAUGCCCAGGCUGUCCCCCUGCAACAUGGUAUGUCCUUUGUUGUGGCCAUCCAUCGCCAAGGUGAAAUCCUUCCGGCCGACAUGGAUCCAUGGCAAUCCACGGUCCUUCCAAACAGUGGACACCCUGUCACGCUCAACCUACAGGCAGCGCUUCCAGACCACAGGAACAGGCCAGCGGAGCUCACAUGCCUGGAUGACUCUCUCCCACAACUCCUGUGGUUUGAAAAUGACGCAUGGCUUAGAGAACUCUCAGCUGCCCCCAGUAUCCAUAUGCACCCCCUGCCUGAUGGAUUCAUUGUUCCCCCAGCCACUUAUUGGGAACUGGUAAAUCCUGCACGCUCAUGGCCUUUGCAGGGACCCAAACACUACUCCAUCUAUGUUGAUGGGUCAGCCAGUCAGGUCCAAGCUGCAUGGGGUUUGGUGCUCACUGAACAUAGUGGCGAACACGAGUCCUUUGUUGGGUGUACAUAUGGGUCUGUUGAACUUGCCCCCGACCAUCCAGCCUGGCUCGGUGCUACCACGACCGACAAUAUCGCAGCAGAGUUAACAGCAAUGAUCGUUGCUCAACAAACAGUGUUGAGAUGGCACGAGGAUGCUUCCUUCACAGUUCGCCCAGAUCUGACCCUUAGUCGCCUCCUUGCCCAGGCCAUCACUGUAUGCAAAUCAAAUCGGAUCCUUGCCCAGAUCUGCCAAGCACAAGGACUAUGGUUGUCCAAACGCAUGACAAUUCAUGAAGUGCGCGGUCACACCUCCCACCCAUGGAAUGAUCUUGCUGAUGCCCUUGCCAAAUGGGCCCUUACCAACGACCCGGUCUUUUCUGACCAGGAAGCAGCGCCUCUGCACCACUUUGCUCAAUGCCCGCAUGACGUUCAGUGGUCGUGGAUGCAGACAACACAUCCCUCCAUGUCGGCCUGCUUCCCCCCGUUGCUCGACCAGCAAGUCAUGCAGAUCACACAGUCCUCCAAGACCUUGGGAACCACUCCCAUAGAGCAGGAGUUGCUUCACACACAAGCCACCGAGACUGUGCCACUUCAGCUUCGCAUCCAAACCGCCAACGUCCUUGCGACAGAAGAGUGGGCCAGCCACCACCAAGGCACCAAGCGCACUGGCCAGCGCACAGUCCGGCUUGACUCCCAAUGGCACAAAGCCCAAAUCCACGUCAUCGGGGUUCAAGAAGCCCGCACCCCAGCAGGUAUCUACCACUCCCCGCACUAUACCAUAGUUGCGUCAGGAGCCAAGAUUGCCAGGGCCCCGCUCUAUGGCUGCGAACUCUGGUUACAUAAGAGCCUGCAAAUUGCCCAGCCACAUGAUGCCAGCCCUCUCACCCUGGGACACGCUUCCCUGACCGUGCAGCAUGCCGACCCUCGACGCUUGUUCGUCCAAGCCCAGGUCGCUCAACUUAGUUUCUUGUUCAUUGUCCUGCACACGCCAUGUCUCCAAGCGCAGGUUCCAGGACAGCCAGCCCCACUGGAUGCCUUAACAGACUGGUGGCAAGAAACGGCCGCCCUCAUGGCCAAAUUCCGCACUGACACCCUCAUGUGGCUCCUCAUUGAUGCCAACUCACCCCUCAGUGCCGGCAACAAUGACCUCGUUGGCCCUGUAGGUGCAGAGCCCAUGACAAAACAAGGCGAGCUUUUCUACCACUUCCUUCAAACUCACAAUUUGGCAGUGCCAUGUACCUUUCCCCACCUGCACACUGGCCAGUCCACCACGUGGACACACACCAGUGGCCGCAAAAGCCGCAAGGACUAUGUGCUGCUCCCUGUUUCUGACUUGUCCCUCGUCAAAGCUUCAUGGGUUGUAGUUGAUCACGACAACAACUUUGCCCACGAGGACCAUCUCCCAGCUGCGAUAUCAUUUCAAGGAUGGCUGGAGGUUCAUGUGGAUGACCAUGCAGCCAUUUACGAGAAGCAGCUUUUGAUGCUGGCACAACAACACUUUGCCAAGCCCAAAACAAAGAAACGGGUGAUUCAGCUCUCUGACAAGGCCUUACAGGCUGUCGCAUUCAAGCGCAACAUUCUAGACUGUGGACGCAAAUGCAACCUCUUCUCAGACCCUCAGUUCAAACAUGAGCUCAAAACAAUUGAAAAAGAGGUGGCCAGCCUUGUCCGACAUGACAUCCAGGCUCACUAUGAUCACCUCCUCAAUACCCUAGAGCAGGCUGGAGAACUAGCCAAUCAUCGGCUCGUCUACAGGCUCCUCACCAGAUUGGGUCGCAAAAAAGGAGCGAAGCCACCCGGCCCCAAACCCCUCCCCAUGCUUUGCCUCGAGGAUGGUUCCACUGCCACCUCGUUCAGCGCCCAACAACUGAUAUGGCGUGCUCAGUUCUCCGAAAUUGAAGCCGCCAUUCCUGUUACCUGGGAUGACCUACAUGCUGCCAAUAUCCAGCCGCCACCCUAUCAAGGCCUCGAUGUCGACCCUGCAGCGUUCCCCAGCAGUUGGACAGUUCACACCCUCCUUUCCAAGCUCAAACGAGACAAAGUGGCCGGCCCCAACCUCCUGCCACCGGCAGUCAUGAAAGCAGGCGGUGAAGUGAUGUCCCGCCACCUUGCCAUUCUCUUUGCAAAAGCAGCGGCCCAUGCAAAGGAGCCCCUGCGUUGGAAAGGCGGUCAGUUGAUCCCAUUAUGGAAAGGAAAGGCAUCCCCUUCCAGGCCUGAUGCUUACCGCUCCAUAUUUAUAUCCAACUAUACUGCCAAACUCUUCCAUCAGAGUUUCCGUCAGCAUCUCGUUCGUGCUUGGGAGCCCAACAUCACGUGCAUGCAGUACGGUGGCAGAGCCUCCCUUGGUGUUGACUUAGCCCACCAUGUCCUACAAUGCCAUCAAGCCUGGACCGCCCAAAAGGGCAUCCCUUCGGCCGUAUUGUUUGUUGAUAUUAGGUCGGCUUUUUACACCAUUCUCCGUCAAAGCUUCACUGCCCUGCCAAGUGACAAUGCGGCUUUCCUCAAGGCCAUGACUGCCCUUGGUCUCACUCACGAAGCCAUUGGCCGUAUGAUUCAUGCCACGGAAGGAGAUGCUGUUGCGGCCCGCCUCUCAACACACAUGCAGCACCUCCUGCGAGACCUUAUGUCCCAGACAUAUUUCACCCUACCAGGGCUCCCAGACCCUUCCCAGACCACAAGGGGUACGCGCCCGGGUGACCCUGUUGCUGACAUCCUCUUUAACAUGUGUAUGACGGCCAUCCUGGCCGACUUUCAUGCCGACAUCCACGCCCAUGCCAAGCUUCCGUGGCUCGGCCACCAGGCACCCAUUCAGGAGUUCACUCCACCAUGUGAUGUCCCGCUCGAGGCAUAUGCUGACGUCACCUUUGUCGAUGACAUCGCAGUGCUGCUGCAUGCCCGCACCAAUGAUCGCUUGAUCUUCAUGAUCCAACAAGUUGUCGAGGCACUAACAACAGCAACCUCCAAGCGUGGCUUAGAGCUGAACCUUGAUCGCGCCAAAACUGAAGUCCUCAUUAAUGUGGUCGGCAAAGGGGCCAAAAAACUCAAGGAAACCUUGCACCUGGCUUGCAACUGCCUCAACUGGACCCCAGCAGAUGGCCCCGCCAUCUCCCUGCCCACAUGUCACGAGUAUAAGCACUUGGGUACAUGGCUUCAAACCAAGCAUCGACACUCCAGAGAAAUCAUCAAACGGGCCUCAGCAGCUAAGCAAAAAUUUGGCCAGCUUGCCCGAUCAUUCUUCACAAAGAAGAUCUCCUUGGAAGUGCGAGCAAAGGUCUUUCAAAGCCUUAUUGUGUCCAAACUUCUCUACAACGUCCACACAUGGGCAGGAGCCUCCGACAAGGAUUUUGCCACCUGGGCCCACCAUGCCAAGCCCAUGGCUGCCGUGCUGCUCAAAGGAAGGAUUGCGAGCACCUCCCGCUUUCAAUACACCACUGAGGAGCUUUUUGCGGCCAGUGGCAUCCUUCCUCUGCCGGAUCAACUGCAUGCCCAACGCCUGCGCUUUUUAGCCCGCCUUCUGAAAGCCUGCCCAGCCAUCACAUGGAUGCUCCUGCAGGCCACCUCAGGCCCCAGCUCAUGGCUCGCACUGUGCCGUACUUCCCUUGCCUGGCUCUGCCGCCACCAUGGGGGCCGCAUUCCCCUAUGUGCUGAUGAUCCAUUUGAAGACUGGAUUUCCUACAUCCAGCUCAACCUCAAAUGGAAGGGAGCCAUCAAACGAGCGAGCUAUCAUGCCCUGGCUUAUCACAAAGCAGCCGCCAUCCAGAAGCUAUGGCAGCAACAUUUUGUCACACGCCUUGCCAGUCAUGGCGCCACGCUGCCAUCCCCCCCACAAACAGCUCAACAUGCCGAACUCUGGCAAUGUGAAUUGUGUUCCAAAACCUUUGGCUCCACAAGGGCACUAGCCAUGCACUCGGCCAGAGACCAUGGCUACCGCAAGCAAGCUCGAUACUUCGCCACUGGCGACACAUGCCAAGCAUGCCUGCAGCUCUUCCAUAAUCGCACUAGGCUGUCUAUUCAUUACGAAAAGAAUCCAAGGUGCUACGAUCGAGUCAAAGCAUGUUGGCCACCUAUGCCACAAACAAUGGUGGAAGCAUUGGACAUUGCAGACAAAGAAGCAGACAUGGCUCUCAGAAGGGAAGGAUGGUGGGCGUCAAAAGCAAUCUUUCCUGCCUUGAAGCUAGCUGGGCCACAGCUUCCCCCAGCACCGAGCCCUGAAGCCGACGCCAUGUGGCACAAAAUGCAAUCACGCCACGUCACAGAGGAAUGUGAGCCCAAAGGCGAGCAGCCGGUUCUUUCCAGCCAUUGUGCUGGGGCCAGCUUGCUGCAGACAAGUUUCGAUGACGAGUUGCUUGAGCAUUCUAUGCAGGUUUUCGCUGCUUUGUCUCAAUUCAAGGUGGUGGACUUGCAAGUUGAUUGGAGCUUGCCAGGACCGGGGUUUGUCACAACCAAUGCCCUUACCAUGAGCAAGCCUAAAUUACAAGAGCAACCAGCCCCAGACAACUACACUGUGGGUCAAUGUGUAUUGCUGUCUGGUCUCAGCAUGAAAGGAUUGAAUGGAGAAGUGGGCGUCGUCACCAAUCGAUGUUCAGCCUCCAAGCGGUAUGGCGUGAAAUUGGCUAGUGGUCGAUAUGUUGCUGUUCGGGCCUGUAACAUGGCCCUCCUUGCUGGAAGUUGUGCUGCAGAUCCUUCUGCCAGUUUCGCCUCCAGACCUAAGGGUACAACUGAUCUGCCAAAGUCACAUGAAGGUAGUUACACUGCAAAUGAACGGUCUUAUCCUGGGAAUCCAGGGGAACUUCAGCUCGGGCAGUCAGUGCGGCUGACAGGUCUCUCUGAUGCCAACCUCAAUGGUCAAGUUGGUCGUGUGGCCACCACUCUGACUCCAGCUGAACGCUAUGGUGUGAAAAUGCCAUGCGGCCGACACAUCGCUGUUCGACCGCGCAAUCUGAAAUUGGUUGUGAAUGAGAUUGACGGAGAGGACAUCUCAGUGGAGAAGACGCUGUUUCGGUUUCCACCAGGCACAGCCAAACCCUUCACCUACUGA